AUGGCUGCCUUACGAAUGAUUGUUGUAUUCACAUUUGCUUUGCACGCAUGUCAAGUGGUCCUGUCUGAUAUUAAGGACUUAGAGUUUCAGACGUUCUUGAACUGUUUUAUCAAAAUCUGCACACAAUACUUCAGCGAAGAGCUUGUGAUCUCUCUUCCGCCCUAUCGUGCACAGAACUUGAGGUUCUCAGGUGAAGGCCGCAACAGAUCCCUCAUACAGGAGGCACGGAACUUGGGAUGGAUCCUCUUUCAAGAACUUGUGACUUCCGGUCAGUGGUCUCUGUUGGUGUAUAGAGGUCGUGAUGAAGGCAGCUUCAAGACACAAGUCGGGGAAAUGUAUCACAGACCAUCGAGUUACAUCAUAUAUUUGCAGAACAAUGUUACCGGUGAUCUGAGCGACAUACUUCGCCGCUUGAAAACGUUUUACUUUCGAAAUCUAAGAUCCAGAUUUCUUGUGAUUUUGGACGAGAAAUUCAAGGAGCCAGAGACGAAGGUAUCAGAGGUUUUGGCGAAAUUGUGGCAGUUCAAGAUUGUUAAUGUUGCCGUGUUAUUGAAGCUAAGGGCACGAGACAUUCUGCAGAUCGGUGUAAUACCAAAAGGCUUGGAACAACUGCAAGUGAGGCGAUCUGACAGUGCAGUUGGUGUUUACACUUGGUUCCCUUACAGAGACAGCAGCAACUGUUACAAUACAAGAGAGGUCCAUCUUCUGGACUUGUGGGUCAUGGAAGGGAGCGGCCACUUUGCCCUAAACAAGUGUCUGUUUCCAAACAAAAUUAAGAACAGUCUGAACAAUUGCCCUGUUGUAGUCUCGACAACACAACGUCAUCCAUUCGUAGAAGGUCCAGAUUACAUAAACACGGACGAUUCCUUCGAGACAGUGUACAGCAGAGGAUGGGACAUCAACCUCCUGAAUAUCGUGAAGGACGCAAUGAACAUGUCACUGCGUUUUCUGCCGCCGUCUGUAGAGGCACUUGGGAGAUUGUUGGACAACGGGACCUACUUAGGUGUAAUUGGUGACCUGACGUACAAUAAAGCUGACAUCGCCUUAUCGGGUUUGCCUCUGAUUGCACCGUUUACCGAUAGAGGGGACCACACUGCGGUGUAUUCCAGAUCUGAAUUCAUUUGGUUGGUUCCUUGCGCAAGACGUCUGCUCGGCUGGAGUAAUGUUUUCCGAAUUUUCUCUUAUUCCGUGUGGUUGUGUGUCUUCUUAUCCUUGAUCCUUGCUGCUGGCGUGAUGCGUUUUCUGGCUAAGGGGACUCAAGGCGUUGCAAGAUGCAGCGAUCUGUCCGCGUCGUCAUGCAACAUACUGGCUAUGUCCCUAGGAUCCGGAGUGUCCUCUGUACCUCGAUCCUCAUCUGUAAGGAUAUUCUUUCUUGCCUGGAUAUGUCACUGCAUGGCCGUGAACACUGUUAUCCAGUCAUACUUCACUGCCUUCCUCGUGAAGUCGGACCUAGAGAAACAGGUGUCAAGUGUGGACGAGAUUUUCAGUUCUGGGAUGGACUACGGUUUUAUACCACAGUUCGAUAUAUUUUUCAACAUAAACGGAACAACUCUUGACAAAACCAUAUUGCAUGACAGAAAAGACUGUACCCGUGUCUGGUCCUGUCUCCGUAGAUUGGCAUAUGACAGAGAUUUCGCUGUGCUGUUUAGCGAGGUUAGUUAUGAAACUGACGUGAAAUAUAGGUUCCUACAUAAACUGAGCUCUACACCCCUGGUUUGCAGAUUACCGGAAACAUUUCUGAGUUUCUAUUAUUCUCUGUAUACCCCGAAGGGGCACCAUCUUCUUGAGCGGAUGAACGCUGUCCUCAGCAGAAUAUUUCAAGCUGGAUUGUACAGUGAACUUCAGGAGCUCGACGCUCACGUGUUGAAGGUAGCGGUACAAGUCGGUGGCAGAGAAGGACCUGAUGAUGAGUACCGCCCGUUCAGUCUGAAGCAUAUGAGAGUGGCCUUCUUCAUCCUGCUUGCCGGGCAUGCAGUGAACUUGCUGGUACUGCUGCUCGAGACGUUGUUCUGGAGUUCCACACGUGUACGUUAA